AUGCCUGGCACAGUAGCAGAGGGACCGACGGUCUCUCUUUCUUUCGCGAAUAAUUUCUGGGGGAAGGACGAUGCGGGCGUUGGACCAAUGUUAGAACGCAUGCACAAUGCGAAAGUGACUUGUGAUGAGAUGAAGGCAUUCUACAACAUUCGUGCUGCGAUCGAAGACGAAUAUGCGAGAAAACUUAUGUCCCUAUGUCGCAAGCCUUUGGGCUCCGCUGAAACCGGUACCCUACGCGCAUCACUGGAUGUAGUGCGUGGAGAGACAGAGGCAAUCGCAAAGGCACACUCUGCAAUCGCCGCUCAAAUGAAAAGAGAAUUGGAGGAACCAUUGGCUGCGUUCGCGGGCGGAAUGAAAGAGAGACGCAAGAUUAUACAGAAUGGAAUCGAACGAAUCCUGAAGACCAAGAUGCAGCAGACUGCAACCGUAAACAAGACCAGAGAUCGUUUCGAGCAGGACUGUCUGCGAAUCAAAGGUUAUCUUGCACAAGGACACAUGGUGAUGGGCCAAGAAGAGCGAAAAAACAAAGCCAAGCUCGAGAAGACCCAGGUCCAACUCGCAGCCAACAGCAGUGAAUAUGAGGCUGCAGUUAAAGUCCUCGAGGAGACAACGGGUCGUUGGAACAAGGAAUGGAAAUCUGCAUGCGAUAAAUUCCAGGACCUCGAGGAAGAGCGCUUGGAUUUCACCAAAAGCAGCCUUUGGAGCUACGCCAACAUCGCUUCGACAGUCUGCGUCAGUGAUGAUGCUUCCUGCGAGAAGAUUCGCCUCGCAUUGGAGAACUGUGAAGUCGAGAAGGACAUCAGCAGCUUUAUCAAGGAAAAGGGCACCGGGCAAGAAAUCCCGGACCCUCCAAAAUACAUCAACUUCUGUCGCGGGGACGUCAAUGACUCGAGCUCCGAAAUUUCAGAGGAAGAGGGCUACUCUGUGGCGCAGUUUCAGCGUACUAUCAAUCCGGCAUUCAGAAGUUCGUCUCCGCAGCCGUCGACAUACGAAUCUCACCAUGACCCGCAGUCAGAUCUGGCCGCGCAAAUGGGCCAUCCUGCUCCUACAACCCCUUCGAGCAGAGAGGCAACUGUCACGCCACAAAAACCAGCACCACAAAAGCCAGCACCACAGCCCCAGCAGGAACAUUUACCUCCGCAGCCUGUAUCGCAACAGCAAGCACCACAGCAGCCAGCGCCGUUGGACCUUCGCCGCAGUGGGCAGCAUGGCCAACUACCACCGAACUACCAUCCAGAACAGCACGGGGAGAUCGGGAGCGUCCCUCACAAUGCGUAUCCAACUGACGGUAUGACCAUGUUCUGUCGUACCGGUCCGCCCUCUGAACGCAGCUCCGGCACAAGUGGUCAUCGACCUUCAAGCCGGGACUCACAGAGUGAUGUCUCGAACCCAACAUCCUUCUCAAGCCAGGAACCGCCGAGUGCUAGACAAUCCCCCACGAAGCCUACCAACGGCGUAGCUAUGCCGGGAAUGACUCCGGAGAAGCAAGUCCAAAAGAAACGGAGUGCUUUCUUCAGCAACAGCCCUUUCCGGCGGAAGAGCAGACACGACAAAGAGCGCCAGUCAAUCUCAGUGCAGCCAACUAGGGGAGCAUGGGAUUCUUCGAGGCAAACUAGCCCAACAAAGGCUGGGCCACCAGUGUCAGCCAUGGCCGACAUUGAGCACGGUUCCGGGAGCCCUGAGCCAGUUGAUCCCAGGGCUAGUUUCCAGCUUAACGUUGGCAACAACGUUUUUGACGUGGCGCCCCCUGAUAAUACAGCGAAGAAAGGAACCCCUGCCAAUAAAGACGCCGAAGAUGAAAUGGAUCCAAUUGCUCGCGCCCUGGCGGACCUCAAAGUUGCUGGCAAACAGUCGGCGACUCGUGUCUCCGCUGAUCGAUAUCAUGGUAUCGCCACGCCGACCCCGUCAGCUCCAAAUUCCAGCUACGGAACUGGUGCGAUGGCUACACCACCUCCUGCAUAUAAUGAUACAUCAGCCAAGCGUUUGGAUGCACCACAGCCCGCCUUCACGUCUGCACAGAUGCAGAAAACCACUCAGAAGUAUGUUGGUCAGACUCACAACAUGUUGAGGGGGGCGAACAAUACUCCUCGCACGGCAGCAAGAGGUGGAGCUUCUCAGGAAGUUCCUCGAGCUAGGUCUCCUGCUGCUAGACGAAGUGCAAGUCCCCAGCCUGCUCCUCGCGUCGAAACACGAAUGAGCCAGUAUAGUGGAGGCGCUCCCAGCCCAACAUCCUAUCAGUCCAAUAGCAUGAAUGGCCGUUAUUCUCAUUCUCCCACAGCCGUUGCAAGUCCAACGAAGCGAGCCAACGAGCGUGGCUACUCCCCUCAGACGUAUUCUAGACAUGGUUCUCCCAGCAACAUGCCCAGAGCAGUUUCGCCGCAGCCUCAGUUUAGACAACAAGCUCGUCCUUCUAGUUCCGGGGGAAUGGAACUUCAGCUAUCCGGCAACCAGGUGGACCCUUAUGGCAGCGGCUAUAACUCAUAUGGUUCCAGAGGGCACGAUGGUGGCCGUCCCAUGUCGAUGUACUAUGGCGAUUCUGGCAGCCAGAGAACCAGAAGUAGAAGCAAGAGUUUAGUCCCGGCUGAAUCUGGACGCCAAUAUAGCCGUGACGGACGUCCAAUUCUCCACUUCGCACGAGCAAUGUACAGCUAUUCUGCUGCUAUCCCGGAGGAGCUCGGCUUUUCCAAAGGGGAUAUUCUUGCCGUUAUCCGAAUGCAAGAUGAUGGCUGGUGGGAAGCAGAAGUUACAGGCAGCCGAGGGCGUCCAGGUCUGGUACCGAGUAACUACCUGCAGAACAUCUAA